CACUAGAAAAUCAUCUUCUUACCCCUGUAUAGAGAAGUUCAAAUAAUCUUCUUAUUCGUUGUUUUCAUGAGAGUGAUUACGUAUAUCAUCUUGGGUAACACAAUCCAAUCUAAAAGGAAAAUAUGGCAUGUUUCAAUCAUAACAAGUGUGCACACUGGAGGAAGAAGCACGUCAGUCAAACAAAUGGAAAGGCUAUGUAGAUUGGAGAAAUAGACCUGCCAUGAGAGGCCGUCACGGUGGCAUGCUUGCCGCAUCCUUUGUCUUAGCUGUGGAGAUUCUGGAGAAUCUAGCUUUCCUGGCAAAUGCAAGCAACCUUGUGCUGUACCUUUCAAAGUUCAUGCACUACUCUCCAUCAAGCUCUGCAAACAUUGUUACCAAUUUCAUGGGAACAGCCUUCCUCCUUGCUCUCCUCGGUGGCUUUUUAGCAGAUGAUUUUUUCACCACCUACCGCCUCUACUUGACAAGUGCUGCAAUAGAAUUUAUGGGUCUCUUAACACUCACAGUGCAAGCUCACGUACCUUCAUUGAAACCACCAACUUGCGCUUUCGCAAGCACUGAAAUUCCAUGCCAGAAAGUCGGAGGCCAGAAAGCAGCAAUGUUGUUUACUGGCCUUUAUCUGGUAGCACUAGGUGUUGGUGGAAUAAAAGGUUCACUUCCCCCUCAUGGGGCUGAGCAAUUUGAUGAGACCACCCCACAAGGGAGGAGGCAGAGAUCAUCCUUCUUCAACUACUAUGUGUUCUGCCUCUCUUGUGGAGCUUUACUUGCAGUCUCUUUUGUGGUAUGGAUUGAAGACAACAAAGGCUGGCAAUGGGGAUUUGGGAUCGCUACUGCAGCAAUACUGAUCUCCAUACCGGUUUUUCUCCUUGGCUCUCCUAUUUACAGGACAAAGAUUCCAGCAGGAAGCCCUAUUACCACAAUGUUUAAGGUUUUAGCUGCAGCAAUUUACAACAACUGCAAGUCUACGAAUCCUAGCUCUGCAGUCAUGGGCAUGGAAGCAAGCCCAUCCGACAAAACGGAAACCAGGGACGGAGAAGAAAGUAAUAACAAGGUAAUGGUCCCAAGUCGAACUCUUACAGAAGACCUCAAGUUCCUGAACAAAGCAAUCAAACAAAAACCAGUUAAACCGAUGUUAGAUUGUACAGUAAAGCAAGUAGAAGAGGUCAAAGUAGUGCUAAAGAUACUCCCAAUUUUCAUGUGCACCAUAAUGCUUAACUGCUGCCUUGCUCAGCUCUCGACCUUUUCUGUCCAACAAGCAGCCACCAUGAACACCAAGAUUGGUUCUUUAAAAGUUCCACCUGCUUCUCUCCCUAUCUUCCCCGUCAUCUUCAUGAUGAUCCUUGCACCAACCUAUAACCAUGUCAUAAUUCCAUUGGCCAGAAAAGUAACCAAGACUGAAAUCGGAAUUACUCAUCUCCAGAGAAUGGGAACGGGGCUGGUUCUAUCUAUUAUUGCAAUGGCAGUGGCUGCUCUAGUGGAAAUAAAGCGAAAAAAGGUAGCAGUCGAAUCUGGGCUACUCAAUUCUGCUGAUUCUCUACCAAUCACGUUCCUUUGGAUAGCUCUCCAAUACUUGUUUCUUGGAUCAGCUGAUCUUUUCACCUUAGCUGGCAUGAUGGAAUUCUUCUUUACUGAGGCACCAACAAGCAUGAGAUCCUUGGCCACAUCUCUCUCUUGGGCUUCACUUGCCAUGGGAUACUAUUUCAGUUCAGUGCUUAUAUCAGUAGUCAACAAUGUUACCAGCAGCUUUCGACACACACCAUGGCUUUCUGGUAGCAACUUGAAUCAUUACCACCUAGAGAGGUUUUACUGGUUGAUGUGCUUACUUAGCAGUCUAAAUUUCUUGCAUUAUCUCUUCUGGGCAAACCGCUACAAGUAUGGAACAACAAGCCCCUGCUGAUUGGUCAAAGAUUUAAACUCUGCAAGGCCUCAUAGUUGAAGUCAACCAAAUCCAUCAGCUAGAGUUGAUUUAAAUGGAGUCUUCCAAGCUCCAUCCGCGCCAAGUUGGGAGACCAAGUCGGGAGAGGAUAUGAGUAAUAGUGUGGUUCUUUUCUCUAUUAAUUCUCUUGCAUGGUAUCACCUUAGGGCUUUUUCUCAUCCCUAAUUUUCAUUUCUACUUGUAAGCAUUAGUGCAAGAAUCACACAUAUAAUGCUACUAAUGUUCAUGUAGUUAAAUCAGUGCACGAGCAUAGCUAGUGAAAUUUGGAAUC